CUCAAAAGCAGGUGGUAUGUAUGUAAGUAUGAGGAAACAUUUGACGGUGAACGCUGUCAGGGGUCGUUUGAGGAUGAUAAUUUAACCUUGUGUGGCAGUGAUAGAGGUCAAGGUUUUGAUAAGUGAAUCGACGUAUGUGCAUUCUUAGGACAUUUCCUAAGGACAUGUGUGGAAAGUUGAGUUCUAAUGGCAAAGACCGCUGACUUUGUUUAACCAUAAGGAUCAUAGGAGUAAAACAAGUGUUGAAUAUUUGUAUUUUCUGUCAAAUUCUACCACUACUUGAAGCUAGGGGCAGUAAUGAUGAGAAACUAGUAAGAUUACAGAUAACUAUUUUAAUCAUCCCACAGACUGCAUAUUUCUAAUGAAAGAAACAAGUCCAAAAGUCCCUUAAUCGUAGAACGAUAAUGUGUCUCUUCUGGUCUCCUUCCAAAGCCAUUCCCCAUCAAUAAAAAUAAACAGGAACAUAUCUGUACCGUGUUAUUGUCCUACAUGCCAGACAGAUAGCGGUCCCGGACACGGUCUGAGCGUUUAUCAAUGCCUUAAUAUCGGGCAGCCUUAAUAUCACAGAUAAUGUUCAUUUGACGCGACCUUCGCCCACAACAAGCUGCGUUGACGUUGUUUGACAUUUCGGUUUGUCUUGAUAAAUUCUAUGACUGAGUUCACGCUUCUUACUAGGAGUGACACGUGUAAAUCAUGCAUUAGCUCAAAUUCUCAUUAUGAACAUCACACUGGUCAACAGUUAUUAUUAUUUGUGUCAGUAUUUUAAUUCUUCUGCAUGAUUGCAUGUGGUCAUUAAGGCAUUAAGAGUUAAUAUGAAGCAUUUCGCACAACAGCAGUGUCCGUACUAUAAUGAAACUUGUGAUAAAUAAUCCACCAGCGAGAACCACGUGCGCUCAGUACUACCUUUUUUACCCCCCGAAUCACAAAUCUUUUGCUGCUGAUGGCCCGAGGAGCGGACUGACCUCGGCUGCUUCCUCAAACACAAAGGCCUGUAGUCUAAUAACCUUUUGCAUUUCACUCGCAGGUGAUAAAGCAAAAUACUGUCACUCCCGCUUACAUGCCAACCACACCUUCUAUCACGUCCUUUCCUUUGUACAGGAAACUGAAGGGAGCCCCUGUUCGAAAUGAGGAUGGAGCGCGGUGAGCAGGCCGUCCUCGACACCUUCUACACUACGGUACACACAGUGGGCCGGAAGAAUGAGGGCAGGCGGCUGCGUUACAUGCGGCAGGAUGGAAAGUUCCCUGUGGUUUUCCAGAAGGCCCCCGGAGAAUGGAGCCCGUACCUGAUGGACAUCUUCACUACCCUAGUGGAAAUCCGCUGGAGGGUGAUGUUCCUCAUCUUUUUCCUCUCUUACAUCCUCUCUUGGCUAUUUUUCGGUCUCUGUUUUUGGCUUAUCGCGUUUGUGCACGGGGACGUCGGCGAUGUAGAUAACGCACCAUGCGUGGAGAACGUGCGCGGCUUUACCGGAGCCUUUUUGUUCUCAAUGGAGACCCAGGCGACCAUCGGCUACGGCUUCAGGGGCAUGACCGAGAACUGUGUUGUAGCCGUCAUUGUGGUGACAUGUCAAGAUCUGUUCAGCUGCCUCCUCGACACCGUCAUCAUCGGUAUCGCUGUCACCAAAAUGGCAUCCGCCCGUAAAAGAGCUCAGACCGUCGGCUUCAGCAGCUGCGCGGUGGUCAACCUGCGGGACGGCAGCCUUUGUCUGUCGUGGCGACUUGGAGACUUCCGGGGAAACCACAUCCUGGAGGGUGUCGCCAGGGCCAUGUUAGUUCGCCCCGUGAAACAGCCACAGGGGUCCUUCGUCAUGUCAUACCAGGAACUGCACAUCCAGGACAAAGACAUCGUGCUCGCCACGCCCGCCACCGUCAUCCACAAGCUGGAGCCCGGCAGUCCCCUCUACGGCCUGGGGCCCGGCGACCUGCCGGGGGACGACUUUGAGCUGGUGGUGUCGUUCACCUACACCGGCGACUCCACCGGCAUGCUGCACCUGAGUCGAACCUCGUACACACCGGCAGACAUCCGCUGGGGCCAGCGCUUCCAGGAGAUGGUGAAAGUGACCAGAGGGCACUAUAGGGUGGACUACGCUUUGUUCAACGCGACCACAUGGGUGCAGGCGCCCCAGCUCAGCGCCGAGGAGUUUCACCGUAGAGGACGUCCGGCAGAGGACAGGCAGUCCCGCCCUCGUGUCUUUGCAGCAGGACACACUCGCACGGUGAACCCUCACAUCACCGAGGAAGUGGUGCAGCAAACCUUUUUGUAGAGCAGCACAAGGUGUACUUGUGAUGGACGAUUUGAAAAGACGUACCUCUGUAAAUAUAUUUAUAUGCUGUUUGAAAUGCGUUAAUCAUGUUAAUGAUUAAAUGCAAUAAAAAAUGUGAUUCAUACUGAAAGUUGUCAAACUGCACACCGUCUGACACAUUAUCGGUAUUCACUGUUCCUCC